ACUGGAAUUCUUUAUAGACAUCUAGGUGAGGGGUUACUUACAGGAGAAGGGAUGAAUAAAAAGCAACUGACCUUCCAAGCACGGGUGAUUUUAGAGAGCAAAGGGCCUUGUGCCCGGAGAUAAGCACUGGGGAAGUCAGGAAAGUUAAAACACAUAGCUUAUCUCUUCAAAAGAAAGAGGUGCAUAGCUGUUUUUCCUGGAACACUAGCAAUGAUGUAAUUUUACAAUCUGGUGCUACUUUGCUGUCUGAUGAGACAAGCUCUGCCCUUAUCUCACAGAAUUGUUGGCUUUAUUUACUCAAGACUUUUCCCCCUAAAUCUUGAGCAUUACUUUUAGACCAUAAAACCCACCCCUAUGAGUGAGAUCACUUGUGUUUUACAACAGCCUAAGUGACUUCUAUGUUAUCUUAGGGCCAGGCCAAUCCCAAAACCCACAGGCGUUAUGUUUACCUCAGUCAAACUCCCUAGACCCUAAAUCUUGGCCGCUAUCUCUGAGUCAAUAGGACCCAUUCUUGUAAAAGAAGCCAGAUGUACUUUGUAAAGAGUCACAGUGUAAACAUGUCUUAAACUGUUGUGUACUUGGGACUGAGUUAAUUUUUAUCUGACUAUUUUUUUCAAAAUUGUGCUGUGCUUAAAUAUGGCUAAAGUAAAAUGAUCUGGCCAGAUUCUAGAAGUCCUGGUCUAUCACUGGUUACAAGAAAAUUGGGCUGAGCUGAGUUUCAUUCUUGUCUCUUCGUGGAUCGUUUUCUCCCUGCCUGCUGUAAAGUCUUCAGGGACUCACCAUAGCUGGUGCCCAACGUGGGGCCUGGAGCUCUCUGUACAACUUGCAAGCAGCUAAAAAGCCUCCAGACACUGACCUUCAAAAAUGAAGACUACAAUCUGCUCCCUUCUUAUCAUCAUCUCCAUUCUUCAACUGAUGAUCCCAGUGAAUACUGAGGAGACCUUAGAUUCUCUCCUGGAGAAAAAGAUCAAGAAACUUCUCACCUGUGGAGGUGAGUGUACCUCCACUGUGACUAGGACUCUCUCCUGCACUAGUGUGACAGCUAGAGGCAGACUAGCCUCCUGUCCUGCUGGGAUGGCUGUCACUGGCUGUGCUUGUGGCUAUGGCUGUGGAUCAUGGGAUAUCCGGAAUGGAAAUACUUGCCACUGUCAAUGUUCAGUCAUAGACUGGACCACCGCCCGCUGCUGCCAUCUGGCCUGAGAAGGAGGAGGCUGACAACCUAGUUUUGAAAUGAUGACUAUAACGAAACUGCAAUCUCAACUUGGACACCUGUCUCAUGUCCCCUUAAUGAAUUCAUAUUACCCAGUAAUCCUGCUUCUUGGAAAAUAAAGACAAAAUUUCACCUGCCUA